AUGAAGAAUGCACUAAGUCGGAGUGACAAAUAUCGAGAAACCGGAGGAGAGCGAGGUCCAGAAGAAGAGGCGCCUACAGAUGGAGUUGUUUAUCUUCCUGCUGGACACAUUCAACUGGGUGAAGUGGCAGCGGUUCGCUUUAGACUUUCUAACACAGGAAGCCUUGGCACUGCCUAUCGCCUCUUCCCGGUCACUCCAGAGGAGCUCCAAGAACAUCUUGAGCCUGAAUCCCCAUCUUCACAACAAAGUGAACAGCCGAAUGAGACGACCAACAGUGUACAAGAUUUAGCUGAGUUACCUGCAAGAAAUCAAAACACGGAGGAAACUGCCACAUUGAACUCUGUAGAUGCACAGCCAACAGAAAUUCAAGAAAAAGAUAGCAUAUUUGGGCAGGCGGAAGAGGACACGAGAAGCUUCAACGCUUCUGGAUGGCUGGAGGCUCUACAAGGUGAAGCAGUAGUUUUAGCACAACGACUUAGGAUCUCCGACAAGCACAACACGUUUGCCUGGGCAAAAAUAGUGUCUAGCGGUCUAUCUAAGUUGUUGGGAAAGAAAAAGGAGCAGGCUAGUCGAGAGGCAUCUUGUCCAGAAACAACCUUCCAGCUCUCUCUUCGAAGCACGCUUGUGAAGAACGCUGCGGGGGAGUUAGAUGCCCUUCAGACUCAGGAGAUCACGAUUGUUCAUGCUCCAACCCGAACAGGACGGUUUGUUGGAUUCUUUGCCUUGCAGUUUUCCAACAAAGAGGUAUUGUUCCAUCUUCGCAUCGCUUCCAAAUACAAAGCAGUGCAGCUCUGGAAAAGCCUAAUCCGCGUCUUUUCAACUCGUCUGGACAUCAGAUUAGGCACUAGGCUAGCACCAGAAUUUAGCGUAGGCCACUUGCAUUUUCGUUCGUUUUGUGAGCAGCACGACGAUGUGAUAGUAGUUGUGGACGGGCAAUGCAUCUUGCCACCUGUCUGCAUGGACGCCCCGUUGCAUGAUUUGGGAAUUUGUGUACCGAAUCGCGUGUACCGGCAGCAUUUCCAAGUCACAAGCAACAGUUCCUUGACUCGCACGCUGCAGGUGGUUUCACCCGAGGCAGAAGAGGGGGUCCUAUGGGUAGAGCCACGUUGUUCUUUUGUACAACCACGGGGAGUGGCCUCUCUAACUGCACACGUGUGUCUCUCGUUCCCCUUCUUCGACCGGCAUCCCGAAUACGUACAACCUCUUUCUCCUGUCAUUGCCAAGACCAACCUGAAGGCAAUAGCCUUCAAAAUACCCAUUCAGAUCAAAGCGAGUGAUCAAAUACUUUGUGCGGAGACUGCCAUCACAGGCACCCUUACUGAGCUUCAUCUGCGCCUCUCUCGUACAACCCUCAAUUUUGGAACUUCGGACAACACGACUCGUCGUAUGCAGCUAAUGAGAGUGCAUAAUCCAUCUCUUUUGAUUGCAUCGUACGGCUUCCGCUCCUCUGAUCGCGCUUUAAGAGUCUUGGAGCCGCCUCAAUUUUCAGAUAUUUGUGGAGGAACUGAGAAACAAUUAUCCACUAAAACACAUCAAGAUAGUUUUUCAGCAGCAGGCGCGGUAAGUACUUUCCUUUCACAAGACCUGAGCAACGGCGCUGCUGCAUCAAGAGAGCCUUCUGCCAAAGAAGAGGACCCCACUUCGAAGAGGAUAUGCGGAUCUGUGAUUGUACCUGCGGAAGGAGGUCGUGAGAUGCCGCUCUCUUUUCUGGCGCCUGAGGAGUGGAAGGGAGAAAACAAUAGAACAUGGGACGAUCUGCACCAGUACUUACCCCACAUUGAUUACGGCGGGACAGGUGUGUUGCUACCUGGAGAAACACGGACGUUCGCUGUUGUUCUAGAUCCUGCCAAGCUGCGAUGUGAUGCGCAUGCCUUACAAUUAGCCACUGGCAAAGCUGUAGAACGUGAAGGAGUUCUGCGAUUGCGGGUCCUUUUGGCAAGCCAAGCUGCGUACGAAGUGAAAAUUCCCUGGGCGAUCACUUUUGUGGAAUGUCCGAUUUCAAUUCUGCCCUCUCCCACUUUAAAGUUUCCUGCCAUACCACUUGGCCAGAGGUCAACGGCAACCCUAGAGCUAAAGCUUUCAGUCAGUUCACUUGCACCGGGGAGAGGAGAGAUUGAGGGGGGUCAGAACCAUGCAAGAUUCCCUGAAACAACAAAGCAAGCCGCACAGUCAAUGGCUAUUUUGGUAGAUGUCCAACAGCCACCGUCUAGACUAAGUUGCCUCAGCAUCACGCCAACUCGAAUCCUGAUGGAUUUUAAGAAACGUUGUGCCUCAAUCUUCGUCUGCUUUACCCCCACAAACGAAUACAUGAAAAUGCACCAUUUCUGGCCAAUCACUCCAGUUCAAGAAAAGGAAGAUGAUAUUAAGAAAUCACUCGUCACUUCAAUUGUCAUUGAAAGUACGAAACUUGCAUCUGCAAAAAAAGUACAGUCCAAUAAGGGGGGAGUGCGUGAAGAAAAGGCUCAAGUAGCAUCGACUGCAGGGGCUGCUAAAGGCCGGGAAGGUGUAAAGAAGACAAGCAAGACCGAGGUUAACACACCUCCAGACACAAAGAACACAAUGGAGAAGAGCUUGACACAUGGAGAGGCAAAGGCCAAGCAAAGUAGAUUGAAUUCAAGGCCUGUAAUGAACAAUGGAGACGAAGGCGACUCUUCAACAACACUUGCUGUGGAAGAAUCCGCGGAGGGCGCAGGUAACGAUGCACGUCCUGCAACUGCUACUUCAAAUGCUGCUAAUGCUGCAGAGACGCUUUGCACCUUGGACAGAACAUGUGGAAGAAACAUAAGUGAGGUUCUGCUCGAGGUGGCCCGGGCUGGAGGCGCUCGGUGGACUAGCCUGGAAGAGGAUGGGGGUGGCGAUCUCUUUGCUUUCGUAAACCCACGGGCAUACCAUCAUGCUCGCUGGCUAAUACCGCUUAAAAUUUAUCGUCUUACGGCUAAACAGGUCGACGCCUUUCUUUCUGGAGAGGAGCUUGUGUCUUCACAGCUCCCUAUUAGCCCAACGGCGGAAUCGUUCAUUGAGGUGAGGUUCUCAAAUACCGAGUUCGCCACCUUUUGUCACUGA